AUGUCAUUUUCCAGAGGUCCUCAUACUUUCACGGUAACAGCAAAAUUGUUUUCGAAAAAUCGUGAAAGGCUAGUGGAUGUUUUGAGAACUAAAUCAAAACCUAGAAGUGUAAUUCUUUUGAAAGGUGGAGAAGAAACUCUCCGUAAUUAUUCAGAUAGCGUAAUCAACGUUUUCAGGCAGGAGUCAUACUUCUUUUGGACAUUUGGAGUACAUGAAGAAGAUUUUUUUGGAGCUAUUGAUAUUGAUUCUGGGAAGUCCAUACUGUUUCCUCCAAGAUUACCUCCUGCUUACGGAAUUAUUUGCGGAAAGAUAAACCCAGAGAGUUACUUCAAAGAAAAAUAUGGAGUCGAUGAAAUUUAUUUUAACGAUAAGGGUAAAGUUGUAGAAGUAUUAAAGAAACUGAAUACUAAACACCUUUUAUUACUGAAAGCAGAAAACACCGAUAGUGGUAUGACAAUGAACAGUCCAGAGUUCGAAGGUAGGAGUGAUUUUGAAAUUGAUGAGACAACGCUGUAUCCCGUCAUUGGAAACCUUCGGGUUUUCAAAACUGAUAUGGAAUUAGAAGUCAUGAGAUAUGCUGCGAGGGCCGCUUCCGAGGCUCAUAAAAACCUAAUGAAGAGUGUGAGACCAGGGUUGUUUGAAUAUCAACUUGAAAGAGGGCCGAAUUCGGCUGUGUUGCACUAUGGCGCUGCAAAUGCGCCAAAUAACAGAAAGUUAAAGAACGGAGACUUAUGCGUACUUGAUAUGGGUACAGAAUACAACUGUUAUGCAUCGGAUAUCACGAUAACUGUUCCUUGCGGUGGCAGGUUCACAGAGAAACAGAAAGUUAUAUACAACGCGGUUCUACGAGCGAACAGAAGAGUUAUCGAAGCGGCUAAGCCAGGAGUUAGGUGGACAGACAUGCACCAUCUUGCUGAGAGAAUUAUUUUGGAAGACCUUAAAACUGCAGGUAUUUUGAAAGGAGAAGUAGAGGAGAUGAUUGCUGCUCGCGUGGGUGGCAUUUUUAUGCCGCACGGUUUAGGUCACUUUCUUGGCGUUGACGUGCACGACGUUGGAGGAUAUUUGGGGGUGUCUGAAUACGAUGCAACUCCACGUUCUUCACUUCUUGGUCUUAAAUCUUUGCGUACGACUCGCACUCUCGCCGAAAGGAUGGUGAUAACUGUUGAGCCUGGCUGCUACUUUAUUGAUACAGUUAAGAAGAUAUGGCUUGAGAAGUUUCAGGUAAGGAUUGAAGACGACGUGGUUAUAUGGGAGAAGGAGAAUGAAGUAUUAAGCAAUGUUCCGCGCACUAUUGAAGAAAUAGAAACGUUCAUGAACAGCUGA